AUGCCCACACAGACUGCGCGCAAGUUCAGGCCAAGUGUCAGCGACUUGUUGACCUCCUCCUUCACCGCACUGUCUGAGAACGCCAGCGGGAUAGGAGCAGGACGCACCAGGGAGACGAGCGAACGCCGUGGUGCGCGGCCAAUCUGGGAGCGACGGCCGGGUUGCGAUCCCACUUUGGCCGCGAGCCACGGCGACCGGGUGCUAUUCUCUCGCUCAACUCGCGCUGUGUGGCCUCGCUUGUUCGUCCAGCUACUUCCACCGCUGCAAAUGCCUCGAUGCCGCCCCAGCCGCAUCGCGCCACGCCGCCGAACACCUCGCCUCCGCCGUCCAAAUUUCGACGGUUCUCGCUCAUCCCGCAGACGAUGCGCAGGGCUAGCAAGCUGCUGGAUACCCCGCAAUAGCGGUACUUCAACCUGUUCGACUCGGCUUGCUGCACAGACGGAGACGAGAUUUCAACUGUUCAGCUUGCUUUGCUCGCAUGCUAUCUUUUCCCGCUUCACGAGUGCUAUCCGCCACGACGUGUUCCAUCUUGCAGCAGAAGCCCGUUCGCGCCGCUUGCCCUCGACGCUCGCGUCCGCGUAUUCCGUCCGCACCGCCUUCGCUUACCUGCGGAGUGACUAG